CUGCAAUCGCCAUGCUUUUACCAUCAGCGAUUCGCAGAUGCCGUCGACAUCGGCAAGGUUCUGGAGGAGAUUAAGAACGAUGUCUCCAUGUCGCAUUCCCGUCUCGUCGCUACUGCGACCGGUGUUCGAGAAGUCUCGAAGCAACUUCAGCGUCGUCCUAUCAAGCGUGCCGUCCGCAACAUCAUGAUUGUCACCAAGGCGCGCGACAACCAGCUCGUCUACCUCACUCGCGAGCUCGCCGCCUGGCUCCUGCGAACCCCACGCUACGGCUCCGACCUCGGCGUCAACGUCUAUGUCGACGCAAAGCUUCGUGGCUCCCGACGCUUCGAUGCAUCUGGACUGCUCGCCGAGAACCCGCGGUUCCAGCAUAUGCUCAAGUACUGGACUCCUGAUUUGUGUUGGAGCCAACCCGAAAAGUUCGAUCUCGUCCUGACCCUCGGCGGCGAUGGUACCGUUCUUUUUACCUCUUGGCUGUUCCAGCGAAUUGUCCCCCCUGUACUCUCAUUCAGUCUCGGCAGCCUCGGCUUCAUGACGACUUUUGAGUUUGAAAAGUACAAGGAGCACCUCAACAGAGUAAUGGGUGACGAUGGCAUGAAGAUCAACCUCCGCAUGCGCUUCACCUGCACUGUUCACCGUAACAAUCGUGGGUCUGGUGCCCGCGGCUCGGCACAGCCCGAGGAAUCUGAGCAAUUUGAGGUGCUCAAUGAGCUCGUCAUCGAUCGAGGUCCUUCCCCUUAUGUCUCAAACCUCGAGCUGUACGGCGACGACGAGCUUCUCACCGUUGUCCAGGCCGAUGGCUGCAUCUUCUCCACCCCUACAGGUUCCACUGCGUAUUCUCUCUCCGCUGGUGGUGCUUUGGUGCAUCCAGAUAUUCCUGCCAUUCUUCUCACACCCAUCUGCCCUCAUACCCUUUCCUUCCGACCCAUGGUCCUCUCUGAUACCAUGGCCCUUCGCGUCUCUGUUCCGCGCAACUCUCGCGCAACCGCUUAUUGCGCUUUUGACGGCAAGGGUCGUCUUGAGCUUCGCCAGGGCGACCACGUCACCAUCACGGCUUCUCAGUACCCGUUCCCCACGGUCACACGUACCGACACAGAGUGGUUCGACAGUGUGAGCCGCACUCUUCGCUGGAACGUGCGUGCCGCUGCACAGAAGCCUUUUGAUGCCGACACCGCGGAGAACGACAAUGAGGAUGACUUUGGUUGGGAUAUCGAUACCGACAGUGCCUGCUAUGCGAGCGAAGAGGGCAGCGUCAGCGCAAGUCCCAUCCGUCGCCAGAUGAGCCUCCUUGGACUUUGA